AAUCGAUUCUCUCUCUCUUUCUGGGUUUGAGUACAGUGGGCUUUCGUCGGCAGGCGAAUUCCAUUUCCCAUUCUGAGAACCGCCGAAAUGCAACUCCUCUCCACCGCUCGCAGGCUCUCCAAUCUUCUUAAAUCUCCUCCCAUUUUUCUCCAUUUCGAUCCAUUUCUUGUUCCCGAUUUUCAACCGAAUCACCCUCCUCGCGCUUCUUCUCAUCAAUGGCGCCCUCUCUCUGGGAUUUGUUCACCAAUGGAUUAUUCGGUUCCUGCGUGUUCCUCGAUCGCCAGGGCGUCUUUUUCAUCUGUGGCGAUUGCUGCUGAGGAUGCCACUACUGCAACAGAGAUUGCCAAGGAGAUGUAUGAUAAGAUGCUUGAAUCUGUAGAUGUUAAAAGAAGCAUGCCCCCCAAUGCUUGGAUGUGGUCAUUGAUUGAAAAUUGUAGAAAUUACGAUGACAUUAAGCUUCUAUUUGACCUUCUGAAAAGGCUGCGGAUAUUUAGGCUAUCAAAUCUUCAGAUUCAUAAUAAUUAUAAUUCUCACCUUUGCCAAGAGGUCACCAAAGCGUGCGUUCGUGCAGGAGCCCUUCUAUUUGGAAAGAAGACCUUGUGGAUCCAUAAUGUGUACGGAUUGACGCCUAGUGUUGCAUCUGCCCACCAUUUACUGACAUAUGCUGAAGAUCACAACGAUGUUAAACUUAUGGCUGAAAUUGUGACACUUAUAAGAAGGAAUGAAUUGCCACUACAACCUGGAACUGCAGAUAUCGUCUUCAGGAUAUGUUAUAAUGUGAAUGAUUGGACGUUGCUUUCCAAGUACUUCAAAAAAUUUUCCAAAGCUGGAGUAAAAUUUCGUCGAACAUCUUUUGACACAUUGAUGAGAUUUGCUUCUAAAAUAGGAGACGUUGAUUGUCUAUGGAAAUUUGAUAGGAUGAGAUUGGAAACAACAAAUCAACAUACUCUUGGAAGUGCAAUUUCAUGUGCUAAGGGUUUUCUAUUAGAGCGUAAACCUGAGGAAGCUGCUGCCAUCAUUCAAAAAGUAUAUAAGGCCUUUCCAAAUUCAAAGUCAGACUUCAUGGUUGAGAUUGAAAAUCUGGUCAAUGAGUGGCCUGUGCAAGUUAGUAAGCACCAAAAAGAAGCUCACAAAGAGGAAUUUGAUGCAGAUCUUAAAUCUUAUAUUACUACAUUGCUCGGUAGUUUACAAAAUGCUGGAUUAGAGGUGGACGUAAAGGCAAAAAACUAAAUCAGUAGAAGAAGUGCCUUGAUUUCAGAUGAAAUUUCAGCACGAUUCGAAAAUGUGCUUUUGUAAUCAACAUAUAGUCAUGAGCUGAAUCCAAUUGGGAAGUUGAACCGAGUUUUUUCAUUACCAAGACAUCGAGAUGCUGUGGUUCAAGAGACUCGAGACAAUGCCAAGGAUAGCAAAGGAUGGUCUUUACUUCUCUUUUGAGUUGGCAAACACCAUCGAACAAAAUUGCUGUUAGUUCUUUGUCCAUUUUUUCGACUAGCACAUUGGAAACCACAAGAAGAUCAUGCACCACCUGAAUUUUUACAACUGCACAAACUCUAAUCACCAAUGGUGUGACUUAACAAACUAUCUCCCCUUCCCCAACCAUAUAAAAGGAAAUGAAAAAAUUGUUCUUGAUAUAAAGCUUAAUCAAAUGAGUCCCAACCAUUGUUUUGGAA